CUCUUCAGCAGUCAGUCAGUAUCCGCAUUCGGUAACAACGGAGAGAGUUUUACGACAGCGCUAAAAAGAUUUUCCUUUCAAGUCGAAUUCAUAAUUCAAUCAAUUUGUGAUUACCACAUUAUACGACCAUUGUGUCUAGAAAACCAUUAUCAGGCAAUAUAUAAACACAUUAACUCAUCAAAGGCCAACAAUUGCCUUCUAUACCAGUGCGUAUAAAGGCACAUAGACGAUUGCGAAUCAGAUCAGAUCGAGAAGGCGUUUUGAGAAAUUGUCAAGCACCAGUAAAUUCAAUCAAAAGCAGAAAACCGAAGAAACACGAAAUAAGUAAAAAGCAAUACAGAGAGUGUGCAAGAAAUCGUAAAAUACGCGAAGUUACAUUGAAAACCGAGGAAGGACUAUUUUGCUGUGUGUUUUUAAUUAGUCGAGGAAGCAAAAUGAUGAAAUUAUUUGCCGCAGUUUUGUUACUGGCCGCAGUGGUCAACUCACAGAUGACCUGCCGUUUGAAGCAGCACGGUAUUCCAAACGAAUGGGUCGGCCUUAGGGAUACCACCGGAAAAUGUUUACAGGAAAUGCGUAAUCAAGUCCAAAUGGAAAUCAACGCCUCCAACAUCUACCUGGCCAUGGCUGCCCACUUCUCACGCGACCUCAUCAAUCGUCCCGGUUUCGCCGAACACUUCUUCAAGUCGGCACGCGAGGAGCGUGAACAUGGUAGAAAGCUCAUUGAAUAUCUAUCCAUGCGCGGCCAAUUGACGAAGGACGUCACCGAGUUGAUUCAGCUUAUUGACGUUGACGUUAAGAUCGACAGCGGUGUUGAUGCCCUCCGCCAGGCACUCGAGUUGGAAACCAAGGUCACCCAGAGCAUUCGUUCUUUGAUUAAGACCUGCGAGAAGUCGUCGCCCAGUUGGUACCACUUGUCUGACUGGCUAAUUACAGAAUACUUGGAGGAACAACUCACCGGAGAGCGCGAUUUGGCUGGCAAGUUGAGCACUCUCACCAAGAUGAUGGACUCCCAGGGCGCUAUUGCCGAAUUCUUGUUCGACAAGCAAUUGUAAAUUGCCUCACCAGUUCACGCACAUAUGAAGAACAUACAUAGAUAUAUUUUCAAUAAAAGAAGAACGCCAAAACAACAACAAUGCGUAAAAUUAUCCACUUCCCGCAGAAUGGCGUGACAAAAGCGGUAAUAAAAAAGAAGAAGCUCGUCUCAGCUCAUCGUUAUACAAAUUAUGAAUAAAUAAGUGAUGAAAUUAUGCAUACCUACAUAUAUAGAUUGAAAUUAUGGAAAACUUAGUAUUCGCUUUGAAGUUUUGUGUAUUACAUAUUGCGUUAGUUAAAAAAUUUAUUAAAAAUCAGAAAAUAACUCACACAAACUAUA